AUGGCAUCCCAGAAUUUGUGGCGAGGGGUACGGACAGCGGUUGCUGUCUUAUUCACCGCUGGACUGUCGGUAGCAGCACUGUAUACUUGGUUCAUCCAUAAGCAGAGAUCGAAAGAUAAAACUAGUAAAAGAGCAUUAUCAGAAAUAGAUGAGAAUGGAAAGGAGGACGAUGAUGAGCAAGAAGAAGAAUCAACAAAAGAAGACCCAAAACAAGAGAGGAAUAAUAAAAUUGAUGUAGUUAAGGCAUCUGGCGAUAAUGGAGAAAAAAAAGUUAAAGGAAAACCAACAGUCCCAACAGAAUUACCACAAUUGGAAAUCGCAACAAAAAUUCUAGAUAAUAACGAAGCUUCGCAACCUGAAAAAAAGUCUCCGGAUAUAAAAAGUUUACGAAUUGACAGCACUGACAAAAAGCGUGUCCUUGUUCUUGGCCUUGACAAAGCAGUGGAAGCCAACAAAUAUCUAGAAACCAUUCCCUGGCUUAUCAUUGCCAGUAAGCAGGAUUUGCCAGGUGCCAUGAGCCCUGAGGAACUAAGGGAGUUAUUGAAUAUUCCACAAGUGCCAAAAAAACCUGAAAAAAUUGUCAUUGGUAUGGAACUUCCUGCUAAAGGGCUGAAAAAAGGAAUAACAAAAGUGAAGAAUUUCUUUACACUCACAGACUUUUAA